CAGAGCAGCACAGGAGGACUUCUCUGGCCUUUUCCGAUGGCCUAUGCAGAUGAAGCGACAGACAUUCGCGAUUCACGCGAUGGCUUCACCAUGAUUGCGCACUCUAACUAACCCAGCUCCUAGGAAGCCUGGCACAAUGCUGGAAAGUCUCGUAUUCUCCCUGGUCGGAGGCUACCUCUCGCAUUACCUCAAGAACUUCCACAAGGAACAGCUCCGAAUCGGCGUAUGGCGACGCGUGGUGCGUCUGAACGACCUGGAGAUCAACACGGCAGCAUUCGACCAUCUUCAGCUCCCAUUCUCCAUCCACCAUGGGAGGGUCGGCAGUCUGAGUCUGCAGCUGUCCAUGAAGAGGCUGGGCCGGGAGCCGUGUGUGUCUGUGACUAUCAGCGACGUGCUUGUAGUCAUGGCGCCAAGAGCUGAUCAUGAGUGGUCGGAGGGCCCAGCCGUGGUAAGAGAGAGAGCGGCCAAGAGGGCAGCCCUGGCUGCAGCUGAGGUGGUCAAGAUGUCAGAGCAGGGCAAUGGUCUCGGGGCUUCAGCGCUGUCGUACUUCUCAGCCCUUGGGCUGAACGCGCUUGAGGUGCUGGUGACAUCCGUGCAUGUCAAGUACAUCCACUCCUCCUCUGACCCCAAGGCGGCCUUUGAGUUCGGCCUGCACCUGGACCACCUCUCUGUGGCCGCUGCUGCCUCCAAGGACCCCCUUGCUGCUGCCGCCGCCGCUGCUGCAGACGCCAUUGCCUCUGCCUCUGCUUCACCUCUUGGCACUGCUCCCCCUGCUGCUGCUGCUGGCUCGUCUGCAUUCCUUGUGCAGCCAGACAGUCAGACGCCAACAGAGCAGCUGCUGCAGCAGCAGUGGGAGGAGGAGACGAGGCAGGGGCAGGGAGAGGGGCAGGUGAAGCCACAAACGGGAGACGGGGGGAGGAAGGCAGGGGCAGGGGGGAAUUUGAGAAAGAGCAUUGAGGUGCGAGGGCUGUCGUUCUACUGGAACUGCCGCAAAAGAGGGUUUGAGGGGAGCUCUCCUGGGGCUAAGGACCAGGGUGCGGGGGAGAGGAGGGCAGGGAUGGAGGCAGCCGUGGGCGGAGAGGGAGGGAGGAAGGGGACAGCAGUGACAAGAGGUGCAGGAGAGAGGGUACGGGCAGAGAGCAUGGAUGUGGACAUAGUGUGGGGUGAGGGUGAGACGGUGCCUAGUGAUGAUGAUGAUGAUGAGGAGGAGGGUGGAGAGAUAGGUGCCAAGAGGCAGAAGAGAAAAGUGGGAGCAGAGCAGGGGGUUGCAGGAGGGGAGCAAGGGAAAGGGGGAUGGAAGGAAGGGAAAGGGGCGGGAGCAGUGGCAAACAAUAUGCUGCAUCCGCUGGAUGCUUCCAUUAGACUCGUGAUGCACGUUGGCCCUCCGGUGCGCACCAGUGCUGCUCCUGUUUCGGUCUCUCUGCGCUGCAGCCACUUGCGAGUGUCCCUGGAGGAGCACCAGUACCAGGACCUGCUGCUGCUGGCUGAUGCUCUCAACGUGCUGCGCCUCAGAGAAAGGUACGGCCGCUUUCGCCCAGCGGCCCUAUUUUCUUCCUCCCAAACUACACCAGUCGGUGCAAGUACCACAGCAUCCGGCAGCACAGGCACUGCCAAUGGGUGGCAGCAAGGAGGCGGCAGCAGCGUGGGCGGGGAGCGGGUGCGGGCGUUGUGGUCGUAUGCACUCAACGCGGUGCUCUUUGAUGUCCGCCAACGCCUCUACCGCCGCUCCUUCCUCUACCUCCCUUCCCGCCUGGCGAAGCGGCGGCAGUACGUGGCGCUGUACACGAGGAAGCUGGAGCUGCUGCAGGACCUCCCUGCGGGCGAGAGGCAGCAGCUGGAGGAGAUGGAGGACGAGCUGGACCUGGAGGACAUCCUCGCAUUCAGGACUGCUGCUGCUCAGCGCGCUGCCCGCACAGAAUGGGGCAACACCUCCGACUCAAGAGACCCCACUGAAGAGACCUCUGUGGAGAAAGACGGGCGCCCGGACAGACGCAAGGGGAAAGCCGCCCAGCAGCAGCAGCAGCGGAGGGGGAGGGGUUGGCUGAGCUGGUUGUCGCAGGGCAUGCUGGGCGCUGCUGGGUCGGAUGCGUCGGCCGCAGCUGACGUGAUGGCGGCUGUGAGCGACCGCGACCUGGAGGAGCUCUACCGCACGCUCGACUCGCCCUACAGCGCGGCUGAGGGGGAUGGCGGGGUGGAUGAGCCGCCUUGGAUGUCCACAUCAGCAUCCACGACAUCGUCAGCAUCUAUGGCCAUGGACGCGGCAUCAUCGGCAUCUAGAGCCAUGGGCCGGAGCCGCUCGUCUGUGCACUCGUUUUCAUUCUCCGAGUCAUCCUCUUCACUUGACUCCUGCAUUCCUGAGGACUCCAGCCUGCCUACCAACCGAGGGCACUCCGUGGCGUCUCACAGGGCGUCUCAUGGCCGGGCAGCAGUGUCGGUGUGCCGCCUGGCGUUCACUGCGCAUGUAGCAGACGGGCAUGCCUCCCUGCGCAGCUCCUACUCGCGGCGUGACAUUGUGAGCCUCAGGCUGCGAGGGCUGCUGCUCAACUCGCGGGUGUGGAGCAUAUCCUCCUCGCUCUCCCUCACUCUCUCCUCCCUCGAAGCCUUUGACCUCUGGAGCACCACGGGAGGUGCGAAGGGCGCACUAGAUGCCUCUGCGUCCUUCUCUGCAUCAGACUCCAGAGCCAUGGGAGGUGUAGGCGUGGCUGGUGGAGGGGGAGUGGGGGUCGCUGCAGGGAGGCGGGGAGGGCUGUCCCCAUCCGCGUCGCAGGAGGAUGAGGCCGUCAGGAUUCUCUUCCCACAGCUCCCGCACGCCUCUCUGCACGCCUUCCUCCCCCCAUCCCACCCGUCGCACCCCUCCUUCUACUCCGCCUCCUCCUCCUUCGCCUCCCCCUCCACCGCCCCCUCGCCCUCCCCGGCGGGCCACGGCCAUCUGCUGCUGCGCUCUGCCAGCGCUGCCUGGGGCCUGGGCCGCCCUGCCCUGGGGGCGGGCGUGGGGGGCCUAGUGGGGGGGGGGGGAAGGGGCAGAUGCUGCCGCGCACGGAAUCGCGUGUGGGGCUGGGGCUGGGGGUGGGGGCGGAUGGCAGGCUGGGCAUGCUGCUGGGAGCAGGUCCAGGGAUGGGGUACUCGGGCGCACAUGCCCAUGCCCAUGCCCAUGCGCCUCUGGUAGGGCAUGGCUACAGUGCUGCACACAUGGGCGUGGGGUUGGGCAUGGGCAUGGGGAUGGGCAAUGGAGGGUGGGCGAGCAUGCGUCGCAACCAGUCAUCCCUUGGGAUUGGUGCCGUUGCUGCAGCAGAGCAUGCGAUCGCCAUGGGUGG